CAAAAAAAAAAAUUAUUUAAUUUUCAAAAAUGCUCAGGACCAAAAGAAUUUAGAUAUGGAAGAAAAAAUUUGUUUUUGAGUUCACAUGUACCAGCAUUAAAAAAUAAAAGGUAUGAUUGGUUAGAUGGUCGUAACAUUUGCCGUGAAUAUUGUAUGGAUUUGGUAUCAAUUGAAACACCAGAAAAAAAUUACUUUAUUAAUAGUAUUAUACAAAGAUAUAAUGUACCAUAUAUAUGGACAUCUGGUCGUAUAUGUGAUUUUAAAGGUUGUGAAAAUCGUCCAGAUUUAGAACCAAAGAAUAUUUAUGGUUGGUUCUGGUCACCAACACGUCAAAAGAUUACUGCUACAAAUCGUAUACCAUCAGGAUGGACAUAUAAUCCAUGGUCAAGAACAGGACAUAAAAAACGACCACAACCAGAUAAUGCCGAAUAUGAUAUUAAUCAAACAAAAGAACAAUGUUUAGCUAUUUUAAAUAAUGUUUAUAAAGAUGGUAUCUAUUGGCAUGAUGUUGCAUGUUAUCACGAAAAACCAGUUAUUUGUGAAGACAACGAUGAACUAUUAAAUUAUGUUGCUUCAAAAUAUCGUAUUCCUUUAUAAAUUAGCUAAUUCUUUAUAUACAAAUAAAAUAAUAAUAUUUGAGAACAGAAAUAAAAUUAUAUAUACAUACAAAUUUAAAUGUAAAUAAUUAAAACACUCUUUAUCUAAGAUUAUACAUAUAUUUACUUCUACAUAUAUGUAUAUGUAUAUAUAUUUACAUAUAUGUAUAUACAUAA